UUGACAGUAAUUAAUGCAAGCUGUGAUGUGCUCUUUGGUUCAUCUUGGCAUGAGGGUGUACCUUAUCAAUGCACAGAGUAUUUCCAUUAAUAGAAUGAGGCUGUACAUCUUCUCUUAUCUCUAAACUCAGAGGGCAUACAAAAUAAUCACAUACACUCCUGAUCUCAGCUAGGAAUUUGUAGAAGCUGCUCACAGGCAGAGCCUGAAGGUCACUGCAAGAAGGAGCUUAGUGUGUACACCACCUACUGAAAGCGCGCGAGGCAGCUGAGGCGCACCUCGGUGGGUGGCAGGAGGACAGUCCCGCGAGCCAAGGAGCACACGCGUUCGCAGGGAGCUGUCAACAGCGGGCAGCUGAAAGGCCAGCCUGCAGCAGGAGCAGUGUGGCUAUGCUGACCGAGGGAUUUUCCAGCUCUGUCGUAGGCUUACAACAUAGUCUGCGAGUACAAGCUUCCUCUUUCUCUGGUUGUCCAUGGGAGCACAGAUAAUGGGUUUUAGACAGGAUACUACACUAUUUACUUGGUGGGAGUUUUCCCUAAAGGAGGCCCACACAGGAAUUACAGUACUUGAAUCACAGGUCACACCUCCUUUAGCCUUCAGACAUACUGAUGUCUGACUGCUUUUCCAAGCACGAGGUUCUCCAAGAGUGGAAACUCUCACACUGUAUGUCAGGCAUGUCAGUUCUCUUUGGACUAUUAAAAGAUUUCCAUCUGAGUGUCUCCCUUUUCUCUCCCUUUGUGGUGAAUAAGGCAGGUUUUUGGUUUACCUAAAAAUUCUGAAAGAAGUCCUUUUGUUGCCAUUUUAGUUGUCUGUCCACACACAGUACCCUCCGCUUGUCCAGCUUUGCCGUAAUUAGGGCCGUACAAUAGUCUUAAUGACUCAUCUGUCCUUGCAUUGGUUGGUGAGAUUUUGCACUGCUUGUGUCGGGGUGACUUGAAGGCAGCAGGUAAUGUCAGGACUGACCUGCAGGAGCAGAUGGCUUCUUCCAGUAACUGGAGUGGGACUCUGCAAGAAUUAAUGCAGGAAAGGCUGCAGGUGAGAUGCUUACAUUAAUUUGAACACUGAUUCUGGAAAUGAUAGAACCAGCAUUUUUCCCACUCUUAACUGUAAGAAAAUGCAAUGUUUCUGUUCUCUAGACUUUUUUUCUUGCCUACUUUGGGUACUUACUACUGCCUUUUCUGUUCAGGGACUAAACCCUUUUUUGUUCUUGUUCCUUCUUCAUAUGCUCAUUUUGCAAAAGUGCUUCAUUUUUACCUGUUCUGCUCUGCUGAUACCUGGUUGCCCUCCCCUCUUCAUUGCAUGUGCUCCGUGGAUCACUCUCUGUGCAGUUCCGGCACGAAGUCACUUCUCAGUUUCCACUUUUCUAAGAGCAGGGGAAGGUUGCUUCUCGCAAGCAGUGGAUGUUGCAGCGUGUGUAGUUGGUGAUAAAAGAUUACAGAAAUUUCAGCUGCCGUUCGUGCCUUAGAGGCAAUAUAGGUGCCUUUAGUAAGGCAGCAAAAGGGAGCAGGGUAUCUGGCUCAAGAGAGAGGAGUGGCAGCAGCUCAUACUGCUGCUUCUGGCGUUUGCCUAUUCAUCAGUAAAAAUGAAACUAUUCACACGAAACUUAGUAAGAAGGAAACGGGUAUCUUUUGAUAUUGGCUGCCUGAUAAAUCCGACGGUAGCUCAGAGCUGCCUCUCCGGGCACGAAGUUGCAGCUGCCUCUCUCGUGAGCAGAAAUCCUUGGGUGAGCGAGGACCUCAGAGCCUGCGGAGGACACUAGGUUAUGGGCAAGUCAGAAAGCCAGAUGGAUAUAACUGAAAUGAAUACUCCAAAACCAAAGAAGAAACUGCGAUGGAGUGGCCUGGAAAUAGGGCUAACUGUUGUAGUGAUUCUGCUAGCUAUUGUAGCAAUCACAAUGAUAGUUCUGUAUGCAACUUAUGAUGAUGGGGUUUGCAAGACAUCAGACUGUAUAAAAUCAGCAGCCCGAAUCAUUGAGAACAUGGACACAACUGCAGAGCCUUGUAAUGAUUUUUACCAAUAUGCCUGUGGAGGAUGGCUUAAGAAGAACGUCAUUCCAGAAACCAGCUCCCGUUAUAGUAACUUUGACAUUUUAAGAGAUGAACUAGAAGUUGUUUUAAAAGAUGUCCUCGACACACCAAGAAGUAAUGAUAUAACAGCAGUGCAGAAGGCAAAAACUCUGUACAGUUCGUGCAUAAAUGAAACUACCAUUGAUAGCAGGGGGGGAAUGCCUUUAAUCAGACUGCUGCCAAAUGUAUCUGACUGGCCUGUAGCAACAAAUAACUGGGAGUCUUCCUAUGGUGCUGCUUGGACAGCUGAGACAGCUAUUGCAGAGCUGAACUCCAGAUAUGGGAAAAAAGUCCUUAUUAAUUUUUUUGUUGGCACGGAUGAUAAAAAUUCCACAACACAUAUCAUUCAUAUUGAUCAACCUGGACUUGGCCUGCCUUCUCGUGACUACUAUGAAUGCACUGGUGCAUACAAAGAGGCGUGUUCUGCCUAUGUUGAUUUCAUGAUUUCUGUAGCUAAACUAAUCCUACAAGAAAGAAAUAUUUCUUUCAAUGAGACACAGAUUUCUGAAGAAAUGAAAAGAGUUAUGGACCUGGAGAAAGAGAUUGCUAAUGCAACAACAAAAUCUGAAGACAGAAACGAUCCGCUUCUGCUGUAUAAUAAAAUGACACUGGCACAACUCCAAAACAACUUUUCAUUGGAAAUCAAUCAUACGGUGUUCAACUGGUCAAAAUUCAUAAAUAAUAUAAUGUCAACUGUACAAAUUAAUGUUGAGAAUACAGAACAUGUGGUUGUUUAUGAUCCAGAAUACCUUACCAAGCUGAAGUCUAUUCUUAAUAAGUAUACUCCCAGAGAACUUCAAAAUUACAUGAUCUGGCGAUUUGUAAUGGAUCUGGUAAACAGCCUAAGCCGUAACUACAAAGACACAAGGAAUGCUUUCCGUAAGGCACUUUAUGGCACAACAUCAGAAACUGCUGUUUGGCGGCGCUGUGCAAACUAUGUCAAUGGCAACAUGGAAAAUGCAGUGGGACGAUUAUACGUAGAGGAAGCAUUUGCUGGAGACAGUAAACAUGUGGUUGAAGAAAUGAUUGCAGAUAUACGUGAUGUUUUUAUAAAAACCUUAGAUGAACUCACAUGGAUGGAUCUAGAAACCAAGAAGAAAGCAGAGCAAAAAGCAACAGCAAUUAGAGAGAGGAUCGGUUAUCCAGAUGAGAUCAUGACUGAUGACAAUAAGCUGAAUAGUGAGUACCAGGAGUUGAACUUCAAAGAAGAAGAAUACUUUGAAAACAUUAUUCAAAAUCUAGUAUUUACCCAGAAGAAAAGACUGAAAAAGCUCAGAGAAAAGGUGGACAAAGAGGAGUGGAUAAGUGGAGCUGCUGUUGUCAAUGCUUUUUAUUCUGCAAGUAGGAAUCAGAUAGUCUUUCCUGCUGGCAUUUUACAGCCCCCUUUCUUCAGUGCAUCUCAGCCCAAAUCUCUGAAUUAUGGUGGCAUAGGCAUGGUCAUCGGUCAUGAAAUCACACACGGUUUUGAUGACAAUGGCAGAAAUUUUAAUGAGAAUGGAGACCUCAUAGACUGGUGGACUGAAGAAUCAGCACGCAAUUUUAAGGAGUUAUCCCAGUGUAUGGUGUACCAGUAUGGAAACUUUUCAUGGGACCUAGCAGGGGGACAGCAGCUGAGUGGAAUCAAUACCCUAGGAGAAAACAUUGCUGAUAACGGAGGUGUUAGACAAGCAUAUAAGGCCUAUGAAAAUUAUGUGAAAAAGAAUGGGAAAGAGAAACUUCUUCCUGGUCUUGACAUGAACCAUCAGCAGCUGUUUUUUCUGAAUUUUGCACAGGUAUGGUGUGGAACAUACAGACCAGAAUAUGCUGUGAACUCCAUCAAAACUGACGUGCACAGCCCAGGCAAAUUCAGGGUCAUAGGAUCAUUGCAAAACUCUCCGGAGUUUUCCGAAGCUUUUUCAUGUACCACGAAAAACUACAUGGAUCCUGCUAAAAAAUGCCGAGUUUGGUAAUGGAGCUGCAAGCCUUGCAUCUCAAGAAGCUUUCUAGAAGAAGAGAAAUUUUGAACUACUUUUUAGAAGGGGAGGAAGGAAGAAAACUGAGGGAAACAUUCUACAAAAGUCACUGUAAUUCUUAGUAAACAGGUAAACACAAAACAAUCACACAUCAAAUCAAUCUAUUUCUCAAAGGAAGGACUAAUACCAAUGCAGCAGUUAGCUGUUCUAGCUAAUCAGCUGCUUUUCCUAUCACUGAACCCUGCAGAAUCUAAAUCACUUGACAGUGUACAGUAACAUUUCACUCAUAGUUAAUCCUGUUGCCCAUGGGUCGCUGGCACUUUUUUUUUUUUUUGAAAUGUCAAAGUACGAUGCAUUAUCUCCCACCGGCUGGUGAAUGCAUAGUUGUGAACAAGCAGAGGAAGAAAAUAUUAAGUAACACAUGGUUUUAGACAUCAUAAUAUGAUAAUGAGACAACAGUUGGUAUCCUGUGUCAGACUUUGUACCCUCUGCUGUUACGAUAAAUCUGUUCUACCAAAUGCUUUCAUUUCUACUUGAAACCAUUUAUACAAGAGGAGUCCAAAGACCUGCUGUAAUUAACUUCUCACUAAUUAUGCCAGUGUGUAUUAUUUGAACUCACUAUUUACAACAGUUUAUCUAGUACUUUCCAGCCAAACUGAAAUUGUAGGUAAUUUAUUAAUUUUUGAACAUGUAAUCUGUCAGAUUGCAACCUAAGACCCUUUCACGGUUUUCUAAGCUUUUUCUUGUUUUCUCUAAAGUUGGUCUUUUUAAAAGUUUCUAGCAAUGUACAAACCAUAGUUUUUAUAUUUAAAUCUGAGCUACACUUUUGACUUGAAGUAUUGUAAUAUAUUUUAUCAGCAUCUGCAUAGAACUGGGAAAUUUGAUUAAAGCAUGGUAUUAGGCAAUAAGAUAGAGUCUACAAAACAGAGCUCUUCCAUGGAGUACACCAGCAAGUGUACCAUCAAGUACAGUUUUCAGGCUGACUUUCUCAGUGUUUAGGGUUUUGAUCCUGCGCAUAAUUUGUACAUGUUCUGGUCAGUGUCAGUCCUCACAUCAGUAAAGCUGCUUGCAAGAAUGGAGCUUUAAAUAAGAAGGUAAUAGGCUUUAAAUCUGCAGUGAUACAUGUUGGACAUCCUCAUGCAGAUUGCAAAGGAACUUACUGCUUUGUAUACCAAAGCAAACAGAUUUCCAAAAAUAAGUAGCAGAUACCUCAGAUGACUGCUACAAUAGGUACAUUUGAAAACCUAUGUUCCUUUUAGCUUUUUGGGUUUGUCAUCUGAUAAAAACAUUUUGAUAAUAAACUGAAAUUAUGAGCCAAAUGCAAUGCGUAUUCUUUAUAGGAAGUAUAGAAACACAAAAACCAUAUUGUCCCUGUAAGUGAACUUCUGUACCUGCCCCUGAGCACUGCACCCUCAACAUCUAUAAAAACUGACAAGGAGAAUUGA